AUGACGAUGAGCUGGGCCGUGCGGCCAGCUUUGUUGCAAAGCAAACAUCUGCUGGACCGCCGGAUCCUUACUCAAGGUCUCGGCCUGAAGCGUAAGAUUCGGCCUGCAAACCUCCUUAAACGGCUGCGGGCCAUCCAGUCGCUGCGGGAAGCUUACCUGACAACCUCGGCGUUGCAGCAGCUGGGCCUUGGUGCCACAGAAGGGCCAGCAGAGGAUUGGAUGGACCAGUCGACUGGACAAGUGCUUUGCUCAGUAAGCUACGACCUCCGCAUCCCCGGAGCCGGGGCCACGCUGCGUGAGCCUGGCCGAGUGCAUGCCAGCGGAGGGCGGCCGGAUGCCGAUGGACUUGACUUGCUGCGGGCAGUGGCGCUGCGCUUCCCCCGCGAUCGGGAUGCAGAGUUCCUCGCUCUGACCUCAGUGGUGGCCGCAAUACGUCGUGCUGUGGGCCCGGGCUUGGAGAUGUCAGAGGCUGAAGGAUCCGUGAGGCUGCAUGCUUCGCAUGUUCCCUGCCUCAGCUGCCUCGGCGUCAUGGUCCAGUUCCGGGAAGCUUUCCCAAAGAUAGAGCUGAAGGUGAGCUUCGAUGAUGCGCGGAGUGCAGUGGGAGAAAAGCCUGCUUAG